AUGCCUUUUGAACUGAAGUUAGAAUCAUCUUGCUUCUGCAUUACUUUGCCAUUCUUGUUUGUUUCAUUCGUUCACCGUACCAUAAACCCUUUGAUAAAUGCGGCUCAGCUUCGGUAUAUCAAGGAAGCUGAAGAGAUUAGGCUCGCGAUGCAACCUCUAGAUCUCAUCAAAAGAGUUCGAGAAAUCGAACAGGAGGGAACUGGGGGACAAGAAACAGAGCUGGAGAAAGAUGUGAAGCAGAACACAGCCGUUGAUCUCUCUAAACGCCUCAAGGAAUUCCGCUUGCUUAACGAUGCCUCCAGCUUGAAAGCAUUGGAAGAAUGGCGAAAGCGGAAAAUGGAACGAGCAAGACAACGUGAUCUUGAGAAAACCGGAGGUCUUUCAUCAUCCAAAACAUCAUAA